AAAAUCUGGCCAAGUUAAACCCUAAUUCCCAAAUUGGAUUUUCACAAAAGCGAUCUCAAGCAUUCCCAAAAUCUCUCCCACUUCGAUUCGAGCAAGGUUUUUAAACAAGUAGUUUCGUCAUGUCUUGGUGCACGAUUGAGUCAGAUCCUGGUGUGUUUACAGAGCUUAUUCAACAAAUGCAAGUCAAAGGAGUGCAGGUUGAAGAAAUGUAUUCGCUGGAUCUUGAUUCUCUCAAUAACCUCAGACCUGUAUAUGGUCUGAUCUUUCUUUUCAAAUGGCAAGCUGGGGAAAAAGAUGAUCGCCCAACAAUCCAGGAUCAAGUUUCGAACUUAUUUUUCGCAAAUCAGGUCAUUAACAAUGCGUGUGCAACCCAAGCGAUUCUGGCUAUCCUCUUGAACUCUCCAGAGGUUGACAUCGGGCCUGAACUAUCAGCGCUUAAAGAAUUCAGCAAGAACUUUCCAUCUGACCUUAAGGGUUUGGCUAUCAAUAACAGUGAGGCAAUUAGGACUGCUCACAACAGUUUCGCAAGGCCUGAGCCAUUCGUCCCAGAGGAACAGAAAUCUGCUACAAAAGAUGAUGACGUAUACCAUUUCAUAAGCUACAUACCUGUGGAUGGAGUCUUGUACGAGCUUGAUGGACUCAAGGAAGGACCUAUCAGCCUUGGUCCAUGCCCAGGAGACCAAAGUGGUAUUGAGUGGCUGCAAAUGGUUCAACCAGUGAUCCAAGAACGAAUUGAGAGGUACUCACAGAGCGAGAUUAGGUUCAAUCUUUUGGCUGUCAUUAAAAACAGGAAGGAUAUCUACACAGCAGAACUCAAGGAUCUUCAAAGGCAAAGGGAACAGCUAUUGCAGCAGGCUAAUGGUAUGGACAAAACUGAAGCAGAAACACUUAACCCGUUGAUUGAAGAGGUGAGUAUUGGGAUUGAGGCUGUGAGUGAUAAGAUUAUAAUGGAGGAAGAGAAGUUCAUGAAAUGGAAAACAGAGAACAUUAGGAGGAAGCAUAACUACAUUCCGUUUUUGUUCAACUUCCUCAAACUUCUCGCCGAGAAGAAACAGUUGAAACCUCUUAUCGAGAAGGCCAUGAAACAGAAAACAGAAAGCUCCACUUGAGAAAGUAGUAGACACUUGACUUCUCUAUGUGUUGGAACUUUGUUUUUGUCUUCUCUCACCAAAUCAAUACACUCUCUCGUCCGUUUUAAGUCUUUUGUAUUCUAAUUUUUGUUUCGACAAGUAGAUUCUCUAGAUUUAAGUUCGGUUUUAUUACGGUCUGAUCCAAAUUUUAGAAUAAGUUUGGUUUUAAGAAUGACAAUGCUGCUUAACCCA